CAAGAAUCAAGAACCACAAAAACAUCAUCUUGAACUUAGAACCAUAUGCCCUUUUCUUUUUCUUCCCAAUGGCACUCUCUUUCACCUCCAUCCCCAAAUGCCCAAGCUCAUCAAGACUUAGCCAAUAUGGUUCAACACAACCACCCCUCAAGUCUUACAACUUAGUCACUAUUAAGUGUGACUUAAAAAAAGAACCAAUAUCUGGAGACACAAAUGGCUCAUCAAAAAAGCUUGAAAUUGGGUCCCCUAUUAUAGUAAUUGAGUCUCCUAAGUUGCUCAAAACUGCAGCCUCUGUGCCUUGUCUUAUAUCCAAUGCUGGCUUGGUCAAACCCGGUGAUGUUGGCAGGAUAGUUUCAAGGAAGCCUAUGGACGUGUGGGCAGUUCGUCUCAGCAUUGGCACUUAUCUUAUUGACAGAAAAUACUUUAAGCCCUUAGACCUUGAGGACUGAACAAUGAUCGAACAAUAUUAUUCUGAUGAAGUUUUUCAAGAACAUCUUGAGCAAUGCACCCUUUCUUUUGGCUUCGUAUUUAUGAAAUCACAGAUAUAAUGCAAAGUGGUAUUUCGACUCCCUUUAUUUUACACAACCAUUUAGAGAUG